AUGAGUGGGGAGGAGACAUCUCAAUCUAACACCAUGAUACAGGGUAAAUGUUUCAUAAAUGGGAACACUUUGGAUAUAUUGUAUGAUUCUAGAGCUUCUUACUCUUAUAUUUCUGAAGUUUGUAUGAGACAAUUGAAUCUACUUAUUACUGUUUUACCAUAUGAUUUGAUUGUUUCUACUCCUAGUAGUAAUUCUAUUAUUAUUGCUAGAGCUUGUUUGAAUUGUCUUAUUGUAGUAGAAGGCAAAUAUAUCUUUGUAAAUUUGUUUUGUUUACCCCUUACUAACUUAGAAGUCAUUCUAGGGCUAGAUUGGUUGUCUGCCAAUCGUGUUCUACUAGAUUGCCACAACAAAACCAUAGGCUUUGCUAACUCUAUUAAACUACCCCAUGAGAAUUCGAGAUUUCUAUCUACCAACCAAGUCAAUGCUUCUUUGAAAGGAGGAGCUCAGAUGUGUAUGGUGUUACUCUCAUUAAAAGGGGAGGAGUUUACGAUAAAGGAAUUGCCAAUUAUUUUUGAUUUUCCUGAAGUUUUUCUGGAGGAUAUUCCUAGGUUACCUCCAGAAAGAGAAGUAAAGUUUACUAUAAAUUUAACCCUUGGAACUGGACCAAUCUCUAUAGCACCUUAUUGGAUAUCACCUUUGGAACUAGCUGAAUUGAAAAAGCAACUGAAAGAGUUAUUGGAGAAACAAUUUGUGCGUCCAAGUUAUUAUUGGAGAUUUAUUGAAGGAUUUUCAAAGUUGGCAUUGCCUUUGACUACGUUGACUCGCAAAGAACAACCGUUAGUGUGGACUAGUAAGUGCAAGGAUAAUUUUCAAGAAUUGAAGAAUAGAUUGACUUCUGCUCCUGUAUUAAUACUUCCAAACUUUUAUAAGAAUUUUGAAGUUUAUUGUGAUGCAUCAAGGCAAGGAUUAGGAUGUGUGUUGAUGCAGAAUAAGAAUGUAGUAGCUUAUGCUUCUAGACAAUUGAAACCGCAUGAGUUGAAUUAUCCUACGCAUGAUUUGGAGCUUGCUGUGUAG